AUGAGCCUGAGUAGAAGUCGUGAGAAGUCGUCAGUCACAAACAGUGCUAGCAGUCACGGCCCAGUGAAUGUCGCAGACCCGGGUAUAUCCACCACACCUACGCUAACGCAGGAGAUAAUAAGCACGAUGCAAGCAAUACCUAAUAUACAAACAACAUUGGGGGAAUUAUCGGAAUCUCUCAGAGUGAUCAAAGAACUAACUCAAGCUAUAAAGAACAUUAAGAAUGACCUGUGGGAGGAAGAUGGUUUCGACUUCCGCAUCUCUCAUAUUGCUGAACAACAAGAAGUGGACUCAGGAAACAUUCAGGUGCUGAAGCAAGAGAACAAAAUGUUGAAAGAAGAUAUAGAUAUGUUAAAAUCUGUAGUUAUUAACUUAGACAGAACCGUCAGAAAACAGAAAAGCGAGAUCGCAGAUUUAAAGUCAAGAUCAAUGAAGCAGAACUUACUCAUUCACAAUUUACCCGAAGAAGAGAAUGAAAAUCUUUUCAAGAAAAUCCCACAAUUGAUUAAAGAAUACCUGGGAGUCGAAACAACUUUUGCAAACAUACAUCGAAACGGGCCUAAAAAUCCGGGUAGACCAAGAACUAUUACGGGUCGACUAGAGAAAUUUACUGAUAAGGAGAAAGUCCUCCAAGCACAGAAAGACAAAAGAAAUAGCGAAGGGUCUGGCUCUACAGAACAAUCAAAUACACCUUUCUACAUUACCCCACAAAGACCAGUAGAGGUAGCUGAAAAUCGGAAAAAACUCCAAGAAAUAAGUAACCGGUAUUGGAAAGAGAAUGUGAAAACACGUUUCGUAGGAGACAAGUUAGUUUUUCCUAACGGAAACACAUACAAGGAAAAAGUGUUAAAACCAAAGCCUAAAAACAUUUUGCUAAUGGAUCAAGCAGAAAAAGAGGCACUUCAACAGAUCCAGAUGUCGACACUAGAAACCUCCACAGAAGGGAACGAUUUUAAAAUCGAGGCAUCUACCACAGUGACCUUUAACCAGAUUAGUUGA